UGUUGGUUUUUUUUUGGAAGAACAGAAAAGAGAAGAGCUUUGCUCUUCUUCCAUCGAAUGAUGAAAUCGGAUUCUAGUUUUUUAUGCUUUUCGGUGACUGUGGAUACUAGACGACACCGCCUUUUGCACCACCACCAGGUUUUAUUCCUCUUGGAAUUAUGACAUCAGGACAUGAACUUUGUAUAAGAUCAUGCUUUGUUAUGUUAUUUGGUUAAAUUUAGUGAAAGUUUACAGAUGUUCUAAAUCUGACAAGGAUCAAAGCUUGACUGACAUGUGGCUCCAUUUGAGGAAAGUUGUUUCAUUUAUAGUCAACCUAUUUGUUAACACUGGUGAUGUCAAAUUUAGGAGAACUAUGAAACAAAUGGAUACACCAGCUGAAUACUCUAUAAUUGUUGCCACUGUUUUAUUGGCUGCAAAAGGUGGUCAUCUGGUUUACCUUAAAAUUGGUGAUAGUGUUUUGCUAGAAUAGAAAACACUCAUAACUGAAAUAUGAAUGAUCUAUCAUCUAUCGACAUAAACCCCAUUGGUGAAAAGCAAUAUUAUAGUAAUCUUAAUUCUUAAUGCA